GGAGCUUGGGUUCUGUUGUAGAAGAUACACAGAGAGUCAAUGGUAGAUUUAGGGCCGUCGGAAGUAGGAGGGAGUCGUUCGCAAAAUCCGACUUCAUCCUUUUUUAAACAAAUUAUUUUCACGGUAAAAAUUACUGGAGCAUAAAGUUCAAAAUUUACUCUUUUAAAUAAGCCUAGUAUUUUGGUAGUGCGCGAUUCGGAAUGUUAGAAAACGAUUGGUGAAAAUUGGAUAGCGACUGGGAAGGGAAUUAGCAAGCUAGCAAACAGUACCAGGGAAGCUGUAACAGACAGAAGAAUAGACGGUUAACAAAGGAGAGAUUUUCGUUGUUUUCUUUGCUUUUAUUAAACACACAGAACACAUAUACUCAACAUUAUUCCCGGUAAAGCUAGCCUUAUCGCUAGCUUUGAUAUUAAGCCAUUAUCAUGGAAUUGAGAGUAGGAAACCGAUACAGACUGGGAAGGAAAAUUGGUUCUGGAUCCUUUGGUGACAUUUAUUUGGGCACAGACAUCUCUGUGGGGGAAGAAGUAGCCAUCAAGCUAGAAUGUGUGAAAACGAAGCACCCACAGCUGCACAUCGAGAGCAAGAUUUACAAGAUGAUGCAAGGAGGCGUUGGUAUUCCAACAAUAAAAUGGUGUGGAGCAGAGGGAGAUUAUAAUGUAAUGGUCAUGGAGUUGCUGGGACCCAGUUUGGAGGAUCUCUUCAACUUUUGCUCUCGCAAAUUCAGCUUAAAGACUGUUCUUCUGCUGGCUGACCAAAUGAUAAGCCGUAUCGAAUACAUCCACUCCAAGAACUUUAUCCACAGAGACGUCAAGCCUGAUAACUUCCUUAUGGGCCUGGGGAAGAAGGGCAACCUUGUUUACAUCAUUGACUUUGGUCUGGCCAAGAAGUACAGAGAUGCUCGCACACACCAGCACAUCCCUUACCGCGAGAACAAAAACCUGACCGGCACUGCUCGCUACGCUUCCAUCAACACCCACUUGGGAAUAGAGCAGUCCAGACGAGAUGACUUGGAGUCUCUUGGCUAUGUGCUGAUGUAUUUCAACCUGGGCUCUCUGCCAUGGCAAGGUCUAAAGGCUGCCACAAAGAGACAGAAAUAUGAGCGAAUCAGUGAAAAGAAAAUGUCAACUCCUAUUGAAGUCCUGUGCAAAGGAUACCCCUCUGAGUUUGCCACAUACCUCAACUUUUGCCGCUCCCUGCGCUUUGACGACAAGCCCGACUACUCUUACUUGAGACAGCUCUUCAGGAACCUUUUCCACCGACAAGGCUUUUCAUACGACUACGUCUUCGACUGGAAUAUGCUCAAAUUCGGCGCAAACAGAGCAGCAGAAGAUCCAGAGAGGGAACGGAGGGAUCGAGAGGAACGAUUGCGGCAUGGGCGGAAUCCUGCUGCCCGUGGCAUGAUGCCUUCCAGCUCAGGUAGACCUAGAGGAACACAAGAAGUAGCACCUCCCACGCCCCUCACGCCAGCCUCACACACAGCAGGAAUGGAGCGAGAGCGGAAGGUUAGUAUGAGGUUGCACCGCGGAGCCCCUGUUAACAUUUCCUCCUCUGAUCUAACUGGCCGACAGGACACUUCACGCAUGUCCACGUCACAGAAUAGCAUUCCCUUUGAUCACCACGGCAAGUAGAUGCUGGCCAUGCUCUGGUGUGAGAGACGGCAUUGGGGUCUUUCUCGUGUCACCCCCAGUGGCCUGCAGUCUGCUGUACCUCGAUGAGACCCUACACACGCCUAAAGAGCAGACCAACGACGGCCCUGAUCUGCACUAGGACUUUUCCAGCAGCCUCUUACCAUGCGAAACCAACCUCAGAAAAUCAAAUCUACAGAGAUCUACAAUUCUGCAAAUCUUCCUCUCAAUGCAAUUAAAAAACUUGAGUCACACAAACUCAAAAGAUGGAUGUUUUGUUGUUGUUUUGGUACACGCCACACAAACAUUUCUAGGCACGUAAAUUGUGCUGGGUAACAUCGCUUUCUGCCAGAAGAUCACUGGUGAGAAGGGAGGGGUGGAGUUGGGUGGGGUGGGGUGUCCAUCGCUGCCUUUGCCCCUCUGACGCUCCAGGAGGAAAGGGCCGUCCUCCUGCCAUCCAGGGGCCUCUUCACAAGCAGAGCGCCUUGGCUUAAGCCUCGUACAUUUGCUCUGAUACCCUCUCUUGUUGCAAAAAAUUACUUUUAACAGCUUGGAAUGCAGCUGUACUGAUAGCCAUUGACAUUUUGCUUAACAUAAAUCUUUUUUGUCUUUUACGUACAACAGAAUUUGCUCAAAUUGAUUUCACUUCAGUUUCAUUCUUUUGCAGGUGAUUCUUUUCCCUCUCUUAAUUUAGUUUAACCACGUUAACAUGCUUAUUUAAAAAUAACACGCAGAAAUGUUUGCAAGCCUGUUAGUUUGUGUGGCAGGAUAAAGGCAGUGUCUUUUUUACGUUUAGUUUUCGUUUAUUGUGUGGAAGGCCAGCAAAUCUAAAUUCGUCAAUGUCAAGAAGUUGUAACCACAAAGCAUCUCUCAUUUUUAGAUUAGAUUAUUUUUUAGUUUCCUUUGCAACCUGGCCCUUAUCAAUUCUAAUCAAAUUGCUCAUUGAUUUUAUUGCAUUCCCUUGUUUUUGUUUGUUUGAAAGCUGUGAAAUGCCUGUAUUGUAGAGAUGUUGAUGUUAAUAAUGUUGCUGUACGUUUAAUUUUACCCUCAAAUUAAGGUUAGUGCUUUUACAAAAAUACAGGCACGUAUGUUGUUAAAAAGCGGAGUCCGCGUUUGCUAAAAGACGUUUAUAGUAGGUUAAUAAUAAUUUAAGGGCUCCGUCUUUCUGACUGGAGGGGUAUACACAAUAAAAAACUUGUUUUAAAUUGAGAGUUUUGGGCAUAUGUUGAGACAGACUGGUGUGUUUUUGUUGUUGUUUUCUUUUAAUGAUUAUAUAUUAAGUGCAUAUGGAUGUCUCAAGCCCAGCUUGUCUCAUUGAAAAUACACCAGCCAACACAAAGCCAUGUCUGUUUUUUCUUUGCGACUGACACUUUUGAGAUGGGUUUUAUUUUUCAGCUUUUUUUUAAGUACUGCUUUUCCCUUAUUUCAAAAGUGUGGUUCCUUGACUUACUGGUGCUAUAAGUCACUGAGGAGGAAUUGGAGGGCAUCCCGCCUGUCCAUAUCAUUCAGCAUCAUAGAGUGUAGGCUUUUUUCUGUAGUCAUGGGGUGGGCGGGGGGCUAGUGGUGAAAUUCUUGAAUUCUGUUGUCAUGUAAAUAGGAUGUUUCUAGUGAUGGCAAAGUACCAUUUUCAUAGUCACUGUCUGUGUGUAUUGUGAGUAUGGGGAAAGGCUAGUGCUUAGAGAGGUGAGAGGGGCUUGGUUCUGUUCUAGAUUUGAUAAGUUAGUAUUUUUUUCUCUCCACUGGUGAUCUCACAGGAACAGCCUCUUCAGUACUGGUGUUGUUUAAACGUAGGCACGACUACACUUUGGGAUUGGGCUGUUCUGGAUUUCUCUUUCAUUUUCUGGUUCAUUCUACACAUGACUGCUUGGCCAGUCCUUCUGCAUCACACAAGCAUCACACUGUGCUGUAUCAGGUGAAAUUACAAAAAUCCUCCUUCACUGGAAGAUUGUUUCCUCAUUUGUAUUGCCACUGUAUUUGUGUAUUUUAAAAUGUGUAAAUAAAUUAAUAAGUACUUGUAA